AUGAGUUACAGCCUCAUAGAUGCCAAUCUGCUUUAUCAAUCUACACUGAGCUUCAGAUGCAUUGGCCCAACAAAAGACAACCACCGCUGUGAUCAGGACAUCACUCGAGCAGCUAUGGAGAAGGUCGAGCUAGCCCUGAGAGUCUACCUCAGACCUGGCGUGCCUUUGACCCGUUUUGGAAUCGAACGCCUUGCCAAAAGCUAUAUUUGCGAGAUGCAUCCCCACCGCACCGAUAUCGUUGACCUGGUGACAUCGCAAUGGUACGCAGAUCUUCUGGGCAUUCCACGCAAGGGCGGCGUCAAUUCUGGAGACUACAACCUCAAGGACCCUCAGCAUAUCGAAAAAACGUCUACCAAAUAA